UGAGUCUGUCCUGAAUCCUCCAGAGAGGAGGGAGGAAACAAGGAGGGCGAGAAGGAGAGGCUUAAUGGGGUGUGGGGGUGCUGAUUUCAGCCCUGUAGCGUCAGGAUUGCGUCAAUUCGUGUUGCAGCCCCGUCUGGAGUCUCAGAGACCAGCGUUUCAGAAGAGCCAAAACAGGAACAGCGGUGGCAAAUCACUGUGCGAGGGCGAGGGCGAGCGGACCUCCCUCUUUGCCUCCUCCCUGUUCCAGGCGCAGGUCCCCUGGGCUUGGCGCUGUUGUUUUCAGCACUCCGGAAAGCCGGCGCUUCAGAUCCAGGCAAGUGAAUCAAACCAGGGAGUUUUCCGUUCAGAACCUCGGACAGAGCACGCAGCAAAAAAUGGCUCCGAUCUCUACCAACCGGGAAGAUUUUGAUGAAAUCCCUAUGGUGGUGGGGAUCUUCAGUGCAUUUGGCCUCGUCUUCACAGUCUCUCUCUUUGCAUGGAUUUGCUGUCAGAGAAAAUCAUCCAAGUCUAACAAGACUCCUCCAUACAAAUUUGUGCACGUGCUAAAAGGAGUUGAUAUUUAUCCUGAAAACCUAAAUAGCAAAAAGAAGUUUGGAGGAGAUGACAAACAUGAAAUAAAGAAUAAGCCUGCUGUGCCAAAGAAUUCAUUGCAUCUUGAUCUAGAGAAGAGAGAUCUCAAUGGCAACUUUCCCAAAACAAACCUCAAAGCUGGCAGCAAUUCUGAGCUGGAGAACGGGACCCCAAAGCUCUUUUCGGAAGGAGAAAAAGAGGCAAUUUCUCCUGACAGCUUAAAGUCUAGCACUUCCCUUACUUUGGAAGAGAAACAAGAGAAGCUCGGUACCCUCUAUUUCUCCUUAGAGUACAACUUUGAGAAGAAGGCUUUUGUAGUGAACAUCAAGGAGGCCUGUGGUCUGCCAGCCAUGGAUGAACAGUCUAUGACCUCUGACCCUUACAUCAAAAUGACGAUCCUCCCAGAGAAGAAGCAUAAAGUGAAAACCAGAGUGCUAAGAAAGACCUUGGAUCCAGCGUUUGAUGAGACCUUCACAUUCUAUGGAAUCCCCUACACCCAGAUCCAAGAGUUGGCCUUGCAUUUCACUAUAUUGAGCUUUGACAGGUUUUCAAGAGAUGAUAUCAUUGGAGAAGUCCUUAUUCCUCUUUCAGGAAUCGAAUUGUCUGAUGGAAAAAUGUUAAUGAACAGAGAGAUCAUCAAGAGAAAUGUUAGGAAGUCUUCUGGACGGGGCGAGUUGUUGAUUUCUCUCUGCUAUCAGUCUACUACAAAUACUCUCACUGUGGUUGUCCUGAAAGCUCGACAUCUGCCUAAAUCUGACGUGUCUGGACUUUCAGAUCCCUAUGUCAAAGUGAACCUGUACCAUGCCAAAAAGAGAAUCUCCAAAAAGAAGACUCAUGUGAAGAAGUGCACCCCCAAUGCAGUAUUUAAUGAACUAUUUGUCUUUGAUAUUCCUUGUGAGGGGCUUGAAGAUAUAAGUGUUGAAUUUCUGGUUUUGGAUUCCGAAAGGGGGUCCCGAAAUGAGAUAAUUGGGCGGUUGAUCCUGGGUGCAUCAGCAGAAGGAACCGGUGGGGAACACUGGAAGGAGAUUUGCGACUUCCCCAGGAGACAGAUUGCCAAGUGGCAUAUGCUCUGUGAUGGUUAGCAGCCUAGCCAUGAGUUGGAACUUGAGGAUUUUUACUAGGCAAGGAGGAUUUUUCUUUCUUACAUGUGAUUGUAAGCUUGUGACAUACAAGCUGCUCUUUUUUGUUUGUUUAGAAAUGGAUUGACAUUGUAGACCAGAAAGUAACUAUAAAUGUGUAUCGUGAUGAUUUCCCCCUUUAUUAGAGAAGUUGGAUAAAUUUUCAUAAGAUAUUCAAUUUCCACUACAGAUUACCAAUGAUAUAAACAGGUAUAGGUUAACUUUUUAUGAACACUGUACCAUAAUCCAAAGACCUGGUAAUACUUCAGAAAUGAGUAUGUCACUGGAAGUCUGAGGGAUUAAGAUUUAAAAGAUCAUAAACAUGCCUUUUCUUAUGAAAAUUAAUCAAUUUUUCUUCAAGUUGGGGAAAUAGUUUUCUUUAAAUCCAAAGAUACUAAAGAAAUGUUCUCUAGUUUGUUUUUAUUAAUGAUGUCAUGUGCAAACAAUUGUCCUGCAUAUAAAAAUAUUUGGUCAUUUUUCUUUAGUCUGUAAUUAUUUAAUACAAUUUCAUCAUUAGAGAAGAAACUUAUUAUUCCUUUCAAAAUGACAGUGAAUAGGAUGAGAAAUCAUUUUCUCAAAGGGCUGAGUUGAGAACACUGUGGCUGAAAUUUGAUCCCCCCCCAAGGUUACAUGUGAGUCAAAAUGUAAAAUAUAACCUCACAUAAAACCCAUGGCCUUGUAUUAUUCACUGCCUAUCACAAGUCUCAGCGUGGCCUAAGAAAUUCUUGUUUACUUUUGUGAAGUUGUCAAAUUAGCUAGUCGAUAAAGAAAUAAAUUUCAGCUAGAAAUUCAUUUAGAAACACUGUUUUCUUGUAGGAAAUAUGUACAGUGUGCAAGUAUAAUUUUAAGGCCAUCCUUUGUACCUAGAGUGGGCAUGGCCAUGUAAGUUUUUGUUUAAUUUACUCUCCUGGAGAAAAGACUAAGCUGUUUGAAAAAGAAAAAAAAGAAGCAGUAAUGAAAGAAAAACCCAUUAUGUGUUAAACAUUGCCAUAUUGAAACCAACAAAGACUAAAAAUUAAAGAGUAAGCCUAACAUAAUUUCCAUAUGUUCACAACAUAUACCAGUACUUAAGGCUGUGAAAUUAGCACAAGAAAGUGUGGUUUUCACUAUCUUUUCUACACUAACUUGUCUUGUGCUGUUGUGUAUAAGACAGUUAAGACUUGUAUGUUGUACUGUUUUCCAGUGCCAAGGAUCAUUCAAAACCUAUUAGAGGGAAGCAGUACCCUGUGAUUAUUUGGAAAGUAUUAAUUAAAGAUGAUGUCACUAUAUUUGUGUUUUUAGAGAAGUAUGAGUAAAACUCGGGUACAGCUGAAUUAUUAAAUAUGCAAGAAUAAAGUCUACUGAAAAAUUUACAUUUCAAGUCAGGUUUUGUGUCAGUACUUUAACAGUUUUUGAGAAUGUGUUUGAUAUCACAGUGUUUGUAAAUUCUAUGAAAAUGCAUUUUCCUAACAACUUAUACAUGCUUUUUAUGACUAUGCCUAGUGUAAAGAAAAUGUAUUACAUUCUAUGUGUACAAAGAUUGAAAAUCAACUUCUUUUUGUGCUUUUUGAUGACUUUGGGAUUAAAAAAUGAAUAUUCCCCAGUUAUGGUCUUCAUUCCACUUCAAAGUCAUCUCACAGCAUCUUGAUUUGCUCAGCACUUCUGUGAAAACAACAUAAAUGGACUGUAGUUCAGUGGACUUUGGAGAAGUCAAAUGGCCUUUCUAGCUAUGUAUGCUUGGGAUCAUAGGCCAUAGAAAUAAUAUAUUUUGGGCCUCUGUAAAGUUAUGAGGUGUCAGUUGUAAGAACCCUACAUAACAGCCAGAGGUUAAUGGUGGUACCAGGUGUGUCAUGUUUAUCAGAAGGGGGUGAUUUUGUUUUUUAAACUGGAACAACAAAACCAACAACACAUACUUUUAAAAUUACAAUGAGUAAUUUGUAAAUAGUUUUUAGUUUUAAUAUUUCAAGUGUUUUGAAUGUGAAAAGUGAAGUAAAACUGUUUGAAAUUGGUUUUAAGAAAAGAGAGGAGAAAAGCAAGAAAGUUAUUAGAACAGGCAGGGAGAUUCGCAAUCUUGUCAUUUCUGAAAAUUGUACUGUUUUAUAAUCUAUUACAAUAUCAGUGUGAAUAUCUUGAAUUCUGUUACAAAUCCUGCACUGUAUUGACAUGUAGAUUAACCGUUUGUUUGAUUAGCCAAUCUGACCACCCUAAUGGGGAGGUUUCCAUGUUGAAGAACUGUGUAACUCAGUAACUGACUUGUUCUGUUGUUAUAGCUCAAUAGAAGUGACUUGGAAGAAAGCAUGGUGUAAAUGAUGGUGUCUGUUCUUUUGUGCCAGCUCUGUAUGAUGUUUGUAAGACCAUGUUUGUAAGACAUGAAUAAAUUGCUGCUUUUGCCCAACCCA